CAAGUACACAGUUACACGGCGACUUUCGCAUACGUCCGGGAUCAUCGCAUUGGCUGAUUACAAUCCGCGAUAUAUAAAGAACCUUGUGUGAUCGCGUUCUCGGCACCGACAAGUUAUUGGAUCGCAUCGCGACGUAAUUCGAACUUCUUCGUCAAUGCCAUCCGCGACGACUACGUCGCUCCAGCACGCCUAUCAGGCUCUACUCGGAAGGGGUCGCUUAUCACAAAAUGGAUCACAGGCAGCAUUGAUCAAUCGUCUCUCGACCAUCCAGACAGACCUUGUCUCCGAUGUUGCCUCGACGCCGCACGGUCUCUACAUUCACGGUUCGGUCGGGACGGGCAAAUCCUAUCUUGCGUCGCUAUUCACGUCAACUUUACCAUCGCAAGUCACUCGGAGACGCGCGCACUUCCAUGAAUUCAUGCUCGACGUUCACUCGCGACUUCACAAAGCUCGGUCUUCCUCUAGCCGGUAUGACUCUGCCGAUCCUUUGCCCAUCAUCGGCCGCCAGAUUCACAAGGAAAGUCGGGUACUUUGCUUCGAUGAGUUCCAAGUCACAGACAUAGCCGAUGCGAUGAUUCUACAACGUCUGAUGGGAGCCUUUUGGGCAGCUGGUGGUGUGAUGGUCGCGACCUCAAAUCGUGCGCCGGAGAAGCUGUAUGAAGAUGGUCUCAAUCGCGACUUGUUCCUGCCGUUCAUCGCAAUGCUGAAGCAUAGAUGUGAGACUUGGCCGUUGGGAGGAAUGCAGGACUAUCGUAUGUUGGCUACAGAAGCAUCUGGGCAGAGUCAGAAAGUGUUCUUCACCGACCCGACAGAGUUUCAUUCAAGCCUCGAAGCUGCUGUUGGAAGUCAGCGAUUGGAACCUCACGAGAUCGAAGUCAUGAUGGGCCGCAAACUCGUUGUCGCCGCCGCUCCAAUUGAAAGCGAUAAGAACAGCUUGAUUGUCUCGUCCACGGUCACCCAACUCUGCGAAGGCAAGCUGGGUGCAGCAGAUUACCAUGCGCUAUGUCGAAGGUCGAAGGUCAUCUAUCUUGAAGGUCUUCGUCGAUUCCGUCUGUUUGAGCUGGACUUCGUGCGGCGCUUCAUCACACUCAUCGAUCUGGCGUACGAGUCGGGAACAAGAGUCAUUAUCUCGUCGGAAGCAACGAUUGAUGAAGCAUUCGCUGAGAUUGUGGAAGCAGAGCAGCAACGCAUGCAGCGGAAACAAGGCGGACUGAAGAUGUCUGUUAAGAAGGGUGGUGGUAGCAGCUCGAGUAUGAUGAGCACCUUUGUUUCUGGUGACACAGAGUGGUCUGCAACUGGUCUGGCCGAGGCGAGUCUGGCUACUGGAGGUGCAGGUGAGACCGAUGUAGGCUUUGCGAUUGGGAGAGCAGUGUCAAGACUGCAUGAGAUGGGUUCUGGCAUGUAUGGACAGAUGGACUAACCCGACCCGGUGGCGCUCCAUAGCUGAAUCUUGUCACCAGCGCGUGGACCUUUGAGGAAACGUUGAAGAAUCACGCAGAUGCUGGCACUAGACAACAAGUUAGUAAGAAAGCAGUGUAGCAAGGAGAUAGCAAUAGCGCAGUAAGCUACGGAGAGAUCAAGAUGGCAGCUUUAUGAGUGUUCUGAAAUACUCGUUAUUAGAUUUGGCUCUAUAGCCUGGCCUUGGGCAUCUGCUUAAGAGCUUGUCUGACGCCCAGAUCGCUCAGAAUCUCCUCCGUUCCACCCAAGAUAGCGUCGAAUUUGUACGUGCGAUGGAA